UAAUUGCUGAUUCUCCUUAUCCAAAUUAUUAUAUUUACCUUUAGGAAAAAUAAGCGGUUCCAAUGAGUGCCGUUUCUUUGAGCCAGAUUAAUUUGCGUACUCUCUGCAUUCCGUAGAAGACGCAGUUUCAGUCAGCGUUAGGUAGUUCUUUUCGUAUUUAGUCCGGUUACUCGCGGUUAGUUUACCGAAGGAUGGAUGCUUCGAUCGUUCUCUCCUUCCAAAUCAGGUGAGGGAUACAUGCACACUAAAUCUUGCAACGCAAACUGGUCCACGAAAAUACGGCUGGACAAGUAUUGUCUGAGGGAAGUGUUCAACUAUGACAUUCAAAAACACUGAGGUUAGCGAUUCUUAAAUUUAAUGGUAACUGUUAGUUAUACUCGAGGAAUCCCGUAUGAAUAGCAGACACCAGUCGCUGUACGGUCCCUUCUUAUCGCAUGACAUGUGCGUGAGUAUUAACUAGCUCGGAAAAAAAUUGAAGUGUCGCGAGUGGGUCGUUCGCUUUGUGGGAAAAAUUCCAGUAUGAAUAGCAAAAAUGCGAAUAAUUCGUACGGGACUACCAACAAGAGCUCCAAAUUCAUAGAAGUUCCAAGUUGUCACUUACCACCCGAUCCAAGUCAAUGUAUUCUACGUUUUGAAAAGGCUAUUAGAAAUUCUUUUCGCACUUUUUCAACCUACAGUGUACUUUGUAGCCAGUAAAUCUGUGAACCAGAGGUAGCGUGACAUGUGCGUGAGUAUUAACUGGGUCGUUCGCUGAGUAUGCAGAGAGUACGCAAAUUAAUCUGGCUCAAAGAAACGGCACUCACUGGGAUCGCUUAAUUCUUCUUAAGCGUGUUACGGUGAUAUUGCUGGCAUGGACUACAUUGGCACUAUGGAGAAGGUUUUGACGGCCUUGAGGCAAUUAACGUCUUUGAUAACUCCACUGUGCAGUGAAAAUGGGGACUCCUUUAUCCACAUGGUGAACAGGUUUGUACAAAACGCCACUUCCGCAUUAGAGCAAAUGGAACAAUACACGAAGAAGCAAUUGAACUUAAUGCUUGGUUGCAUUUUAUCCACCGCAUGGCUGGUUGUACAAAACAUGUCAUCAAACGCGGCUUUUGACGCAAUUAAACGGGUCACUCGGGAAGUCCGAAGUAUGUUCGACGGCCGGAUGCCUGAAUAUAUGGUGCGUGAUUAUGAUGAGCUUGAACGCCUUUUAGCAGCCGCGUCAAAGAAAUUGACAGGCAUCCAGUCUACAUGUAAUUUACUGUUGGGGGAGGUGAUAAACGCUUGCGAUUGUCAAUGGAGAAACCCUAUGAACUUUCGUCGCUUAGAGGCCUGCCGUCUCAGGGCUUCAGCUGAUAUCAGAGACUGCGAGCAAAGUUUGAACAGCGCGCACGAGAUCAUAGAGUUGUUACAAAGAAAAACCUCAGAACAGUUGGUCGAACUUGGCCGGGAUUUGGCUUUUUUUGCAGCCUUCUCAAUAGGUCUUGGUUUUAGUGCUGCCAGAGCCCUCCAGGCGGGAGCCAGGCUGACAGGGGGCAUCUUGAGCUGCGCUGGUGUGGGUGGUGCACUAGCUUGUGUCGCGAUCGGAAAGAAAUUCAGCGACCACUUUGUUGUUUGGGAAGAAGUCAGGAACAAGCGCAGCCAGUACCGUCAAUUAAGCACUCGCCUGGAGUGCCUCAAGGAAACGGUUGAGAGGGAUCUGAAGGCAGGAAUCCUACUCACUAGUAUGCCUGACUUGGAGAAAGCGAUAAUCUUGUCGCUGGCAUUUUUGGUCGCCUUUGGAGGCAUACUGUUCGCCUAUAUUCUUGUUAAAUGAACUGUACAAUGAAACGACAGCAUGUUGUAAGUAGGGUAUGGAACUAUAGGAAGACUUAGCCUUGCAUACGGUGGCUGCGCCCGCAGUACGAACGGCAGUGAAAAACCGAGCUGUCUUACUCAAACGACUCGAUAAUAGUCUUUUUCUUCGCAGCUAACAAAAAAAUAAUAACAAAUAAUAACACAACUAUUUAUCCCACCCGGCGACACUCAACGCGCGCCGAGCGCCGAGGGACGAGUGCCAAACGUUGAGCGAGUUGCCGGACGCGGGCGACCCGGUUUUGGCGACAAAUUAAAAAAGCUUCGAGACACAAAAUGUUUCAUAUUUUUCACCUUUCACAAUCUGAUAUGGUUUUUGCAAUUAUAAAUCCAUUUUCGUGAAUACUCAUUCAAUGUGGUCUUCAGUGAAAAAAGUUGCCCGACGUCAAUGCCUUUCCUGUUAACAUACAUUAACAUCAGGACAGUACAGUAUUGCCCGUCUGCUGAAUCCUGAUUGGUCAAUUCAAAGUUCAGGCCCACCAGCCGUAUGCAAGGAGAAUUCAGAGUUAAAUAUCAAAUAACUACGGUAUUGUCACGUCAGUUUCGGGCUAUCGCUCUUUCAGCAUCAGCUGCCAGUAAUCAUUUGGCGGAUUGGCCAACACACUUUUAUAUAAAUGUCGUAUUUAUCUUGAGAUUUUACCCUGCUUUGCAUGUGUGUUAAGCUUUUAAGUGGGUUGAUACUAUGAAAAUAAAUUGAAUUCGGGGUGCAUGGGAGAGACUUCCAUUCUAAAGGAGCAGGAAUGCUUCAAGAUUUCUUGCCUGAUCGAUUCAUUAUAUAUCAUCGUUUAACACAUGGCAGUAUUUCGCCGCCAGGAUAAGAUGUUUUACGUGAAAUGAGAUCCAUUUUUUUGGCAGUAUUAGUUUAAGUUUUAGGAACACUUCCAGCCGUAGAAAGCAGUUAAUUAGUCAGACGUUUUUGAAUGCAGUUGAUAUAAGAAUUGUAUGCAAUUUUCUCUUGUUGUUUGACAUUAAAUAUAACAUUAUGAA